AUGGCAGCGGGCAAUGGUGGUGCAACUAUCCUGGGCAGAGCUCUCCGCGCCCAGCGCACAACACAUAUUCCUCGCGCAGCGACGCGGUUCUAUUCAACAUCAGAGGGAGGAGAAAAGAGGCCGUCGAUUGUGGGAACAUUCUACAAGACAUUUACAAGACCUGUUCUCAAGGUCCUUCUGAUGGCAACCUUGACGUACCAGAUUGCUUAUUGGAGCUGGACGAAGCUGGAGCAGGACGAGAUCCGCGACGAGAAGAACAAGGAAAUCGCAGGGCUCGAAGCCAAGGUCGCGGAGUUACAAAUGGGCAAAGGGACUGGAGCGUAA